AAUAUAUAUAUAAAUGAUACAUUACACUUGUGUUGAAUCCUCUGUAUCUAAUUUUUCAUGAUAUAUAUUUUCUUAUUACGAAAAUAAAGUGGUGAAACAUUGGAUUAGGAAACAGAGAAAGUAUUAUAAAUUAUAAUGGAGAGAUGGAGAAACAGAUUAAGAUGAGUUAUAUGGCUGCCUCUUCUCUUCUCCUACUUCUCUUUUUCUCAGGUUCUCCAAUCCAAAUCCUUGGUCUUGGAGUUGGAAUCAACUAUGGCCAAAUCGCAAACAAUCUUCCAUCUCCAUCUCGAGUCGCCUAUCUUCUCAAAUCCCUCAAUAUCAGCAGAGUGAAGCUCUACGACGCUGAUCUUAACGUUCUUCUUGCCUUCUCCCAUACAAAUGUCGAUUUCAUUAUCGGACUCGGUAACGAGUAUCUACCCAACAUGACCGAUCCUAUCAAAGCUCGAAACUGGCUUCAGCAGCGAGUUCAGCCCCACCUGCCUCAAACCCGGAUUACUUGCAUAACUAUGGGGAACGAAGUGUUCAAAACCUAUGAUCAUCAGCUAUGGUCUAAUCUCCUCCCUGCAAUGCAAACUGUUUACAACGCUCUUGUUGAUCUUGGCCUUGAUAAACAAGUAACCGUCACUUCCGCGCAUUCUCUCGAUAUCUUAAGCAUCUCUUUUCCGCCUUCCGCCGGUUCUUUUAGGCAAGAUCUCGGCGAGUAUCUUCACGGAAUUCUCAAUUUUCAUGCUGAGGUUAAGUCACCUUUCUUGAUCAAUGCAUAUCCUUAUUUUGCAUACAAGGACAACCCUAACGAAGUUCCACUAGAUUAUGUGCUUUUCCAGUCUAAUCAAGGGACAGUGGAUCCAAUUACCAACUUGAAAUAUGACAACAUGUUGUAUGCUCAAGUUGAUGCUGUUUAUUCAGCUAUCAAAGCAAUGGGGCAUACUGAUAUCGAAGUCCGGAUUUCGGAAACCGGUUGGCCUUCCCGAGGUGAUGAUGACGAAGCAGGAGCUACACCGGAGAAUGCAGGGUUGUACAAUGGGAACCUGUUGAAAAGAAUAGAAGAAAAACAAAGCACACCGGCAAAACCGAAUGUCCCGGUUGACAUAUAUGUUUUCGCACUCUUUAAUGAGAAUUUAAAACCUGGUCCUGCAUCAGAGAGGAACUAUGGUCUCUAUUACCCUAAUGGAACCCCAGUUUAUAACAUUGGAGUUCAAGGUUAUCUUCCAGGGAUGGUAUAUACAUCACCCAGCACAAAGAUUGCAUUAUCUGUUGUCUCCAAUGUUCUGUUCUUAGUUAUAGCAUACUUAAUCUUUGCUUGAAAACUUGUGGAUUUAAAGAUAGAAGGAUCAUCAGAUUAAUUCAAAUUCCAGAGAAGAGGAGUAUAAUGUGAGAUAUUCAAUGCCCUGUUAUUAUAUUAACUGUUUGAGCAUGCAUUCAUCUCUAUGCUUACAUACAUGUGAGCCCAUAAUAGUAUGUGUCUAAACCCUUCUCUUUAAUCCUUUGGAGUCAGCAGGUAGCCACAUUUUAUUGGACACAGUCUAGAUGGUGGAUACCGGUCACUCAAAAUGAUUCCAUUAAAAUUGGUUAUCCGGAUGAUUGAGACAAUUAAUCUUCGACAGACAUAUAAUAUAAUACAAAAUAACAUUUUUUGUAAUAUUAAAAAAGGGUGUUCAAUCAUCUGGUAGAGAAUUUGGAAUCAUUUUAUUGUAAGGCUUCAACAAUUUAGUAUGAAUCAGCAGGACCCCUAGGAUGCUGAAUGCUAUUGCUGUCAACUUUACAUAUGCACCAACUGGCUGGUCCGUAAAACUCCCAUUCAUGACAUAUAUGUAUUUGGUGUAUUGAAACUCUUCUUUGUCUUGAGCCGAACAAAAGUCCAAAUUGGCUUCCAUCAACAAAAGCAAAAGUCAUGAGGAACUCUGUAAGACGGCAGCCACUUUCUCACCAGUAUCCAUUUUCCCCCCUUUUCUCACCUUAAAACCUCCAAAACUACAACCUGCCUCUAAACAAAGUUGAUGGCAUCAGCUUUUGUUGUGUAUCAAUGUGUCUACUCCAUUUCAUUUUCAACUCUUUCUCAAUCAACUACCCUACCUAUUUAACACAUAAAGCAGUUUUGGGUCUUCACAUUCAAGGCAAAGUAGUUUUGCCUGUGAAUUUUUUUUGCUACAAGUGUAAUAAUUUGUGUAUUUAUAUACUAUGCAUAUUACUUUAAUCUGAAAUAAAUCUUUUAUAAAA